AUGUCUCGCCCCAAGUCGUUGUUUAUCUCUCUCGCCCUCUCUUUCUCUCUCCUCAAUCUCUCUCUCUCCGUCGCCGCACGGCAAUUCGUGCUCGUGCUCUCUCAGGAAGACUUCAAGGACGACCCUCCCGCUGAACUCGACUCCUCCGCCGAGUGGGAUGAACUCGGCGAUGGAGACGCCCACAAAUCCGAGGAGGACCUCGACCCUGGCUCAUGGCGCCCCAUCUUUGAGCCCCCCGCUGGAGACCCCCAACCGAUCCCGGAAUCCGACGCUGCCUACUACUCCGCCGUCGAUAAGCUCAUGUCCGGACACCCUGCCCUCAUCGAGAACGGCGCCGCCGAGAUCGCCGCAGCGGCCGAUACCGGCCACCCCGCUGCCCAAUCGGUUCUAGGGUUUUUGUGGGAGAUGGGUCUUUUGAGAGAACGAAGCAAGGGGAAGACGUUCUUAUACCACCACUUCGCCGCCGAGGGUGGCAACAUGCAGUCCAAAAUGGCUUUGGCUUAUAAAUAUACGCGCCAAGACAUGUUUGAUAAAGCUGUUAAUCUGUAUGCUGAAUUAGCUGAAGUGGCUGUGAAUAAUUUUCUGAUUUCGAAAGAUUCCCCUGUGAUUGAACCGGUCAGGCUUCACAAUGGGGCUGAGGAGAACAAGGAGGCUCUUAGAAAAUCGAAGGGAGAAGAAGACGAGGACUUUCAGAUACUCGAGUAUCAAGCCCAGAAGGGAAAUGCUGCUGCCAUGUACAAAGUUGGUCUCUUUUACUACUUUGGCCUCAGGGGAUUGAGGCGUGAUCAUUCCAAAGCGCUGUCAUGGUUUUUGAAGGCAGUGGAGAAGGGAGAGCCACGAUCUAUGGAGCUUCUUGGAGAGAUCUAUGCUAGGGGAGCAGGUGUUGAGAGAAACUACACCAAAGCGUUUGAGUGGCUCACGCUUGCUUCCAGGCACCAGCUGUAUUCUGCUUAUAAUGGGAUGGGAUAUUUGUAUGUCAAAGGCUAUGGCGUUGACAAGAAGAAUUACACUAAAGCAAAGGAGUAUUUUGAGAAGGCUGCAGAGAAUGAGGAGGUUGGGGGGCACUAUAACCUAGGUGUCAUGUAUCUCAAGGGGAUUGGAGUUAAGAGGGAUGUUAAGCUGGCUUGUAAGUUCUUCGUGGUGGCUGCUAACCAUGGUCAACCAAAGGCGUUCUACCAGUUAGCUAAGAUUUUCCACAAUGGUGUUGGGUUCAAGAAGAAUAUUCCCUUGGCUACUGCACUGUACAAACUAGUUGCAGAGCGGGGUCCAUGGAGUUCUUUGUCUAGAUGGGCUCUAGAAUCAUACUUAAAAGGUGAUCUUGGCAAGGCAUUUAUGUUGUAUUCAAGAAUGGCUGAGAUGGGCUAUGAGGUGGCACAAAGUAAUGCUGCUUGGAUUCUUGACAAAUAUGGGGAACGUAGCAUGUGCAUGGGUGAAUCUGGAUUAUGCACUGAUGCAGAAAGGCAUCAGAGGGCACAUUCUCUAUGGUGGCAAGCUUCUGAGCAGGGUAAUGAACAUGCUGCUUUACUCAUUGGAGAUGCGUAUUACUAUGGUCGGGGUACGGCCAGGGAUUAUGAUCGGGCUGCUGAGGCUUACAUGCAUGCCAAAUCACAAUCUAAUGCACAAGCCAUGUUCAAUCUUGGAUACAUGUACGAGCAUGGCCAAGGACUUCCGUUUGACCUUCAUCUAGCCAAGCGUUACUAUGAUGAAGCUCUAGAUCAUGAUCGUGCAGCAAAGUUGCCAGUCACGCUAGCUCUUUCAAGCUUGUGGAUUCGUAAAAACUAUGCUGACAGUUUCAUGGUCCACGUGAUUGAUUCAUUGCCAGAAGUGUAUCCUAAAUUAGAAGCUUGGGUGGAGAAUGUGCUUAUGGAGGAGGGAAAUGCUACAAUUCUGACCCUCUUUGCAUGCCUCAUAACUGUGCUGUAUCUUCGCGAGAGACAACGAAGGCAAGCCGGUGUUGCAGUUGGAGAGGUGGCUCAGCCAAAUCACCCCAACGAGCUUGGUGUACCUGCACACUAG